CAGACCCUAAUCUUAAAGUUGAAUGGUUCAAAGAUGGAAGACCAGUCACAAUCGGGCAUAGGUUCCGACCAAUCCACGACUUUGGUUAUGUGGCUUUGGACAUCAUCGACCUUAUAGCAGAGGAUUCUGGCACUUACAUUUGCCGUGCCUCAAACUUAGUUGGCGUUGAUGAAACCAGAGUCACAUUAACUUGUCGUUCCUCAGCCCAAAUUGUGACCUCAACCCAAAAUGAGGUUGGUCUUGAACAGAUCCACUAUUUGGAAGACCGUGCGCGGUACCAGCGUCGUGAAGAUGUUGAGGAGACAACGUCGCAAGCUCCGAUUUUCACUACAUCGUUGAAAAACUGUGAUAUCAAGGAAGGCCAGCGAGCACAUUUUGAGUGCAGAAUUAUUCCUGUCUCUGACCCCACAAUGAAGGUGGAGUGGUUCCACAACAAUGUUCCGCUAAAGUCAGGUUCAAGAUUCACUGAGACAAACAACUUUGGUUUUGUUGCGCUGGACAUUACACACUGUUUACCAGAAGACUCUGGAACCUAUACUUGCAGAGCAUACAAUAUCUUGGGUGAAGCUGUUACCUCAGCUGCCUUAAAUGUUCAGUCCAAGAAAUCCAUUUUUGUUGAAUCUCAUCAUGAAGAUGCUCUGAGCCGCCUUCACCAGCUGGAGGACUCUUCGCGCUACCAUCGCUCUGCUGUAACAGAGGAGAUUGUUAAUCAAGCUCCUGUUUUCACACAACCUAUGAGAGAUUUGAGAGUCGCAGAAAACCAGGCUGCUCACUUUGAGGCUAGGCUUAUACCUGUAGGUGAUGCCAGGCUCAAAGUUGAGUGGUUGAGAAAUGGCGUCCCCAUCACUGCAUCGAAUCGUGUCACAACAAUGCACGAUUUUGGUUAUGUGGCACUGAACAUGAAGUAUGUCUACCCUGAAGAUUCUGGAACUUACACUUGCAGAGCCGUGAAUGAUUUGGGUCAAGCCAUCACCUCUGCAACAUUAGUUGUUCAAUCCAAAGCAUCUCUGCAACUGGACACCCAGCAUCAAGGCGCUCUUGAAAAGAUACAAACGCUAGAAGGACAAACAAAAUACCAGCGAAGAGAAGAAGAAGAAAUCAAAGUUACGCAAGCUCCCAAUUUCACUGUUCAGCUAAAUGGCCCUACAGAAUUAGUUGAGGGACAGAAUGCCCACUAUGAAUGCCGUAUUGAGCCGUACCCUGAUCCUAGCUUGAAACUGGAAUGGUAUCACAACGGAAAACCAUUACAAACAG